GUAGUCAAGAAGAAGAAGAAGAGUUGUGUCACCCUUGUGUUUUGGACCGUGGAGUCGGAGGAAAGAUGGCGAGCUCCAAGGUGAAGCAGGACAUGCCUCCUCCCGGGGGUUAUGCCGGCUUCGACUACAAGCGAAAUUUACCCAAAAGAGGACUCUCGGGUUACAGCAUGUUUGGCAUUGGUAUCGGCAUCAUGAUAUUCGGCUACUGGAGAAUUUUUAAGUGGAACCGUGAGAGGAGGCGCUUGCAGAUCGAGGAACUGGAAGCCAGGAUAGCCAUGAUGCCGCUAUUACAGGCGGAGCAAGACCGCAGGAAUUUGCGGAUGUUGAGGGAAAAUUUAGAAGAGGAGGCAAUUCUCAUGAAGGAUGUUCCCGGGUGGAAGGUGGGCGAGAGCGUCUUUCACACAGAGCGCUGGGUACCCCCUAUGUCCGAAGAACUCUUCAACCUCAGGCCUCGGGAACAGUUUUUGCACAAGCGCUUUGGUUUCUUGUGGUAUGUGUAACUCAUCCCAAGGUUGGCUGGCCCGCUUCCCAACGCCACGUAGCCUCGGCUUCGUCUGCUUUGUAAAUGUUCCAAUAUUAAAGAUGCAUUUUCUGUUCCCA